AUGCUCCUGCGUGGCGACCGCUCGAUCCUCUCCCUCUCCCAUGGCUGGCUGACGGCUCUGCACCCGGACCCUCACGGCACUACCCUCGCCGCCGUCCGACGCUUCCUCCUCUUUGACACGGCGGCGGCUGGCGAGGCGGGGCUCUUCUGGGACUUUGCCAGCUUGCCGCAGCGAGGGCCGAACGGGGAGGCUAGAACAGAGGAGGAGAAGCGAAUCUUCAACAGGGGCCUCGAACAGCGCGACAUGGUCCUGCCUCCCGGCGCGCUUACCGGCGUUGGGGCGUACAACCCAACGCCGUACGAGGGCGAUGGCGGCCGGGGCUGGUGCAUCUUUGAGCAGGGGACGGCCAUGACGGUGCUGGCGCACCUGACGGCGGCGGAGAGGCAGGCGGCGGAGAAGGGCAAAGCGCUGCCAGAGCGCUUCCGGAAGGCGCAGGCGGCCCGUGCAAAGGUGUAUGACAUCGGGGGGGCGGCGCCGAUGGCGCGCGAGAGCUCCCUGUCGCCAAGGGAGGUGCUCGACGAGGCGUGCCGCGCGAUCGAGAAGGCAAAGUUCACGGGCAAGGCGGACCAGGUGAUGGUGCCGCAGAUGCUGGCCGAGUUCGAGUGGGUCUUCCGGAGCACUUUUGAGCGGGCGCUUGAGGACCACGCGGCGAGCGGCGCGACGAUCCGGCGGGAGCAGCAGCAGGCGGUGCUCGCGCGGCUUUCCGAGCGCGAAGGGGCAAAUGGCAGGAGUGUAGGAUCAGGCGUGGAGCUACUAGAGGCCGGGUGA